GUGUUUACCUACAUUGUCUGGUGUUUGGCUUUAUCCUUGCUUCCGCGAAUAUUACGGAUAUUUCUGGACAUUUUUCGGGGAAGAUUUAGAAUAGGAUUUACAUAUUUAUCCCGCGGAAGUUGGAAUAUUCUAUUGGGAUAUAUCUUGAAAAUAUCGGAAAUAUGUUGCAGUCGCUUACCAGCGAUGAAAAGUUUUCACGGUAUCUGGCUACUGACAACAACUCUUUUGAAGAAGAAUUCCGUUUGUAUCUUCGCGAUGAAAUUGUGAAAAUUAUUCGAACUGAUGGAAGUUGGUCUGUUGGUUCAAUUCUGCAUCAGGACGUUGCAAAAGGGUUGCUCAACAAUAUCAUAUGGUGGUUGUUCAACGAUGAUCCCGAGCAGACGUUGCUGCAUCUUGAAGAAUUGAACAAUCCUCAACACAUCUGUGGAAGAGUUUUCAAACCAGGGGAACCAACAUAUUCUUGCAGGGAUUGUGCAAUGGAUCCAACCUGCGUUUUCUGCCAGCAAUGUUUCCGACUGAGUGAACAUCAGAAGCAUAGAUAUAAGGCAGAAAUGGAUGAAGGUGGUGGGAUGUGUGACUGCGGAGAUCCAGAGGCUUUUCUGAGACACACUCGGUGUUCUACUCAUGAGGAGUCGUAUCAGAAAUCAAAACUUGCGGCUGAGGAUGCGGUUUCCCGACUGCCAGAGAAAGUGCGAGAGAGAGCUCCAAAGUUUUUCGAGGUUAUUCUCAGCUACAUUGUUGAGUUUCUAACAAACGAAAAAACUUCGAUAUCUGAUUUGGAUGAAUCUCUGCAACCAAGUGAAAAAUCUGAUUGUUUUGUAACAAUGCUCUACAAUGACGAACUUCACACCUUCGAUUUUGUGAUUGACAUCUUGAAGAGAGCGCUGAAGUGUGACGAAGCCAUUGGAUCAGAUUUCGCAACUAUUGUGGACAGAGAGGGUCGUUCUGCAGUGUGCAUUGAUGAUGUAAACGCAUGUGAAGAAGUCAAGAAAAUUGUUGGGACUCGUCCGACAGCUUACUUCAGUUUCCGAACAAACGAACCAUUGAAGACACUCGUCAUGCAUGUGAAUAUAGUUGCUCACCAGGAGAUGGCGCUGUUGCUCCUACCGUGGUUAUCAAGGAUUGUCAAGCAGUCCGAGGGUUUGCGUAAGAUUUUCUGUGACGUCGCAUUGAAUGAAUUCAUCAAAGCGAUUCCACCAGAAGUUGGCGUCAGUGGAAUGAUAAGUCCAGUGGAACGUUUCAUCAGAUGCGAUCAUGAGCUUUGGAAAACCGCUCGGAACAUGUACUUGCAACUACUAAUGAACAGUCUUCUCCUCGAUGCUGAAACGAAAAAAAAGUUUGGGAUUUUAUUCACGAGGUUGUAUGAGAUCAUACAGGAGGGCUUCUUGAAUGGUGAUCAUGAACAUGGGCAUUCUGUUGCAUCUAUGGCUGUUCAACUUUACACUGUCCCUACAGUUACUCGUCACCUGAUCGUCCAUGAAAAUGUGAUUGGAGUCAUUCUGCGAGCUCUUGCCAAAUCCUGUUAUGACGGAACGCUGUUGAACCCCGAUGAUUGGUGCAAUAUAAUGAAGCUGAACACUAGACGUAUGAAGUGGGCAAUGAGGCGAGCCCAUCAUUCAUUCUAUGAUCUCAGGUACAUCCUUGCGAUUCUCCCUGAUCAAAUGACAGCAGAUUUGAAAAGCAAAUUCAUUGAUGGAGUGAAGUUGUUUGUGCAGAUACUGAUGGCAAUGCAGGGAAUGGACUCAAUUACCAGGAAGGCAGACCGACAUAUAGAACAUGAACCCGACUGGGAGACGGGGGUAAAUGUUGUCAUAAAAUUCAAUCCUGUGAUCUACCACUUGUUGCAAUGGUUCAGAACCGAUGUCGAUCUUCUUUUCAUCAUGCUGAAGCUUUGUCUUCAAGCGUUGAAAGUUUUAAACGAAUCGGAUCCGGCAUCGCUUCGGUCAGGCGUGACUGUUUACAACAAUCAAACCUAUCCAUGUUUGGAUUAUGACAUCACUAAGCAACCAGUAUCUACCCAGUAUCCAGUGACUCGUCUCAUGUCGGCCAUAAUUGUUGAACUCGGUUUGGCCGGGAUGACUUGGUCUGAUAUUGAGAGGAAUGAACAUAUUGCAUCUAUGUUGGAAAGCAACUCUCUGCCCCCAAUGCAACUGAUGGAAUGCUCACUUCGUUGUCUUUGUCUCUCUGCCCAAGUCAAUGCAGGGAUGUGGCGUCGUAACGGCCUGUCGCUCAUUAAUCAACUGUUCUAUUACAAGGACUAUAGAUGCCGGCAGGAGGCCUAUGAGAGGGACGUUCAGUUACUGCAGGUUUCUGCUGCCAACAUGGAUCCCAACAAUUUCAUUGUAAUUCUGCUGAAUAAGAUGAAAUUAAAUCCUGAAUCCCCUGAAUUUGCUGAGUACCACAUUGCUCUGAUGAGUGAAUUCUUCCGAUUACUGAUCUCGAUUUGCGGAGAACGAUAUACACCAGGUGUCGCCGUAGCAUCAUUACAAGAACAAGGGAAACGUCAAAUCAUCCACAUUCUUGCCUCGGAGCCAAAGCCGCAUUCGAAAAUCUCCAAACAAUUACCAGAUUCAGUCUCAGAUAAAAUACCUUGGGAGGAGAUUUUGCAAGAAGUUGCAGAUUUUCAGGAACCGACGAGUAUAAGUUCUGUUGGGAGGUACGUUCUGAAACCAUCCAUGUUGGCACAGUUCUGUCCGUACUCCUUCCACUACACGACGUUGACAGACGAGACUAAAGCUCAGCACGAGGUCGUGAGAAGAAAGAAGGCAUUGCAGAUGACUACAGUGUUCAUCCCACCAAAGCUACCACAAUUCAGUGAAUUAUUCCGCAACAUCCCCAAACUCCUGUGCUGUGAUGUUUUUGUCGAUCUUGUAUCAAAGUUCCUUCAACAACUAACAACAGGGGAUCACGAACGCUGGUCGGACAGACUUGUGGAAAAGGUCCUCUAUCUCAUCUCCAUGGCGAUCAUUGAACAUGAACAACAGAAAGAAAUGAAUCCAGAAAAUGAUUUUGAUUUCAUAAAGAAAGCUGUUGCAGGUUGUGAGAGAGGGAUCCUGUUCCUCCUGAAACAAUUGCAAGUGACCGAAUCACUGUUGAUUCACCGGGACACAGUACGAUGGCUGGUUCUUAAGAUUGAGCGUCAUUCAAAUCAGAGGCACGGCUCAUCAUCUGCUGUGGAUCCAGAGCAUUUCAUUCUUUCCAGAGAAGAUUCCAAUGAAGAGAGGGAUCCGACACGCAACGCUCGUAAACGUAAAGCGCAAGAACUUCGAGAUAAACUGCUGACUCAGAUGAAAACGAUGCAGCAAGACUUUCUGUCUCAGAAUCCCGACGUCAUGUCUGGGGGAUCUCAGGGUGAAUCUAUGGAAUUGUCACAAGUCUCUACUUCAUCACAGCGAGAAAAUGAAACACCGGUUUGUACAGAUUUAUCCUGGCAGCAAGAGACCUUGAAGGCAAUGGAGCCAUCGUAUACAUGCAUGCUUUGUCAGGAAGAAGCAGUCGCUGCUGAAGGCAGCAUGGUGAUGUCAGCUUUGGUUCAAAGGUCAUCUGUUCUCACUAGAGGUCCUCAUGGUGAAUUGAACAACUUGGAUGACUUUGCUCCAUUGUUUGUCGACUUAUCUUACCAAAGCGGCAUCCACACAAGUACGUGCAGCCACACAAUGCAUUACGAAUGCUUCAAGCAGUUCAGGGAUUCUGUGAACAGCACUGAAGCACGAAGGCGGCACAAUAGCAGAUAUUCAAGGAAAGGUUUUGACAUAAAAAACAACGAGUUCUUAUGCCCUUUGUGCAGUCGCCUCAGCAACUCUGUCAUUCCUGUUAUUCCACAUCCAUUUAUUGCCAAACAAAGAGGAAUUCUUACUGACCCAUUAGAGGAUGAGAUGAUUGACAGCCAGCCAUCUACAAGUGCCACGCCUUCAACCAUGAGGGAAUGGCUGAAAUCAAUUGAAGAAGUGUUGAAACCGUUGAAAUUGGAAGCUCAAGAGGUCGUUCUGAAAUUCCACGUUGAUGUCUCGGAUAUGAAGAAUGAGAUGGAAAAAGCUGAGGCAGCUGAUAGGUUAUGGGUGAAUGAUCCAGCAUCCAAUUGGUUUGGGGAUGAACCCGACAUGCUUGAGCCCGAUGGCGGGCAAGUUCCUGAGCCCCAACCACAAGUGGGUGCUAUAGCCCCACUUCAAGAAGAAAGCCAAAAUGAAGCCGAAGAGGUUCUGGAGGAGACAGUUCAGGCUUUGACCCAAGUGGAUGCUGCGGCAUCUGCCGAUGCCACAAUUUUACUGGAAGAUCAACGUGCAGCUCUGAACGAAUUCAUAGAGCAAAUCCAAGUUGUCGGGUUAAAUGGAGACAUAUCUGAAGUACACCGACCCUUGACCUCUUGGCUUUCUGUUGCCACCACUGUCAUCUGCUCUGAAAUGGUCGGGCGAUUAGAAGGAACGCCGAUACUUGCUAAAAGUCCGAUCAGAAUUUCAUCUGCUUUAUCAGGAGUGAUUCGGGCGGCAUUUGCCAUGAAUUCUACUUCAUCAGAGGAGCAACUGAGUGAAGUUCGCGAUCAUGCUAGGAAACUUUUGUCUGCACUUAUUGGGGAGGAUACGGAUGAACAAUCACACGCACUUCUAAAUUCCAAUAUAUUUUCACUGUUUGUUAGCCUGUUGUUUUCUAGCGCCAUCUUGAGGAAAUCAAAAUCAAUGCAGAAUCAGCCUGCUCUGAGAGACAACGCUGAGUUUGAGAGGAAUAUUUUAUAUCUUUGCACUUUGGCGCAGAUUAUCCAGAUCUUUGUUUUCCUGAAUGUUGAUGAACUGGAAGGAAUUGUCGGAACAGGAGAGAGAAGGGAAGAAGCGGGGGCCAUGUAUCUGGCUUGCAAUCAGGUACGAGCCAACGCCAACCUCCCGCCUCUACCAUCGAACAUAGAUGAAGAUCAACUAAUGGAAACCGUAACAGAUUGUUUGCAUCCAUUUCUAAGGUGUUGUGCUCUUCUGCUCUUUCAUGUGACUGGUGUACCUGUCCCAGAUUCCUUGGAAACGAGAGAUAAUCAGAGUAGUUUACUGCAAUAUCUUGGACUGACCAAGAAUUUGACUGAAUUAUUUGAUGUCGGAGGAAAAAUGAGCCUGGAACCCUUGAUCCAGAGAUGGUGUUCACAUUCUGAUGUAAUCGCACGUGUGGCAUCACUCCCAUACCACGUUUUAUAUCCUGUAGUGUCACAAGUACCUGACAUUGUUCCUUUCCCACAUGAUUACAGUGACCUAAUUGGUGCCGCGGCUUCAUUUAAAUGCCCUAAAUUUGCAUCAGAAGACUCGUUAUGCCCUACCAUGUGCCUUGUGUGUGGGGUCGUGCUUUGUUCACAAAGCUAUUGCUGUCAGCAGACUUUGCCUGGGAAGGAUGUUCAGGUAGGAGCAUGCACAUUUCAUACACUACAAUGUGGAGCAAGUACAGGAAUGUUUCUUAGAGUGCGAGAAGCCGCAAUUGUGCUAUUACAUGGGGUAUACAGAGGAUGCUUCGCGCCUGCACCGUACCUUGAUAGACAUGGAGAAACAGAUAAAGGAUUGAGACGAGGCAACCCGCUGUAUCUUAACCAGCCAAGACUGCAGGAACUUCGAAAGUUAUGGCUUUCCCAUGGAAUAGCUGAACGAGUGUCACAUGAUAUUGAAUCCAGGAAUAUUGGACAUUUAGUAGACUGGGCUCAUCUGUAGAUUGUUAAUUAUUUUUGUUUAUUAAUAUAUAACUCAGAAUGAGUGCUGGUGAUUCUUAUUCAGAUUUUAUUUAAAAUUUUGAGCUAGUUGCGAACUGGGUGAAGUAUGUAAUACAUGAACAGAGUGGCUCCUCUGUUUGGGUUGUCAGAUAUCUUGUUUUGCAACCAACUGAUGAUUUUACCCCAAAUUAAGUCUAAUGUUCUGGGUUAGAACUAAGGCUGGGCAUUUCAAAUUAUAGAGUAAAAUCGGUUUGAAAGAAAAUUUUGAAUUUCCGCCAUUUUUUUUAGCCACCGAGGGUCAAAGUUAAUUUCUCAAUUUUUUUAUUGGAGUCAUUUUUUAUAAUGAAGUAUAUGGUUCUUUUCUUUGCAUGUUUCCUAUUGUGUUUUAAUGUUCAGCAAAAUGUCUAAUUGAUAGAUUCCAUGUUUUCAGUGAUUGUGCCUGGAAAACCAAUAACAAUGAAAAGUUUCAUACACUUUAAUAUCUUAAAAAGUAUUCAAAAUUUCAUUGCCUGUAGCUUUGCUCCAAGCAUAUUUGAUGUUGAUAAAAUUUAUUAUUUGUAUGUCCUACCCCCACUGAAUGACCCACUAUAUCAGUGUUUUGUAGGAAUGGCAGAUUCGUUGCAUCGAGUUGUUGCACAAUUUGGUGAAAUGGUUAAUUCAUUUUUUAUUUCCUCAUUGCUUAAAAAAGUUUUUUUUUUGAAAUGUUCUAUAUUUUGUUUUUAUGUUUGUAGAAAUAUUGUGGAACUCUAUCUGUAGCUUUCUGUUCUAUCUCUCACGGUUACUGAUUUACGUAGAUUUACUUGAUUUCCUCUGAUAUACAUAGGGCUUGGACUGUCUGCUUAAUCUGAGCAAAAUUGUCAAUAUUCAGUCAAAUUGAAUGUUUUCUUCUGCAACGCAUUGCAUCCCAAAUAGUCUGGACACUAACUUCUUAUUGAAUAUGAUUAUGGAUGUUGGUUAGUUAGUUUGCUUUCGAAACUUGGAUCUUGUAUAUUUUGCGUAUUUACUAUAUUUUCUGUAUAUUAGA